AUAAUCUAAGGGAAGAGAUUAAUAUCAUGUUCAAGUAAUCUGUGAUAUGUUUCACGUCGUCUUUGCUCACGUCUGCGAUGUAAACAAAAUUUAAAUUUAAAUUUAAAUUAUUAUAUUGCAAAUCAUUUUACGCUGUUGAUCAACUAUUAUUUGUUAUCAGUUCCAAUUUUUCAUACUAUUGUAACCGAAUUAUAUUGAAAGAAAAAUUACUGAUCAUGGACGUAGAUUUAUUAAGACCCGGUAUGAUACCGAUUGCACCAAAUACAAAACUUUGGUUUGAAUUUCUUAUUGAUCCAUCUCUUCUUGAAGAACAUUUGAAUAAUCCUCAUGCAGAUCCUAGUGCCACGGAACUAUUAAUCAAAUUUCUUUAUUCAUCUAUGGAAAGACCAAAAGAUAUGCCAGCAAUUGAUAUUGAUGACUUAAUGGAUAAUUCUAAAAUUGAUAAAAAAAUUGAAUAUCGCAAACGUAAAAAAUAUGAAUGUUUAAAAAUAUUGGCUAUGAAAAUUGUUAGUUUUUGGGAAUGGGACCUAAACCUUUUACAAACCAGGGUUCCAAUAAGUCUUCAGAUAAUAUUUGUUCAAGAUCUUUUAGAUUUAGUAUCCAAUGGUCUCAAUCUAAUUGAUUUUGAAUCUCACAGUACAAUUGAAGAUUUAUCACAACUCAAUGAUGAACAAUUAUUUGCCAUUACUCUAUUUCAUCGAUGGACAUUAACUGUAAUAAUCAGUUAUACAUUGUCUAAAAAAUCAACAUUUACUUUAGGCCCUGUACAAGAUGGAAAUGAAGAUGUUUUAAUGAAACUAGAGAUACAAAGCGAACUUAGUGAAAAAAUGUUAUUGCGCCUUAUCGAAUUAAAACAUUCAUCGUACACAAUUCCAACAAUGAAUAUAUUCAAUCCACCUAACGAGUUGCAGCCUUCAUCUUGCAAUUGGUUUAACGGUCUUACUGUAACAUCAGCUGAAUUCCUUUCUCAAAUUAUGUAUGACUAUGCAAAAUAUAAGUUUUUUAAAGAGCAAUAUAAAGAAGCUGGUAUUUACUUUAAUCGGUGCAAAGAAUUACAUAAAAACCUAACACCAAGUUCUUUUCAUAAAAUUAAAUUUGAAGAAUUAAAAGGAUUCUGUGCAGCAUGCUCAUCUGAACUUACAGAAGAUUCCAGUUUGUUAAUGCAGUUUUUAUAUUCCGCUCAAACAAACUAUAAUGGAAUUUUUAAAAUUUUGGAAACUGAUAAUCAAAUGAUGGAAAUUCCAAUGUUUUUAAGAGAUUCCUUAGAACUUGACUUAGCUUCAAUGUUAUCACUUGGAAAAUUUACUGCAUCAAGAGACAUGUUACUUCAUAUACACACUAUGAAUGCAAUUCGAAGAGCAUCAGUAACUUCUGAAGAAAUAGUUUUAUUACCUCCUGAAGAUUAUGUUACUAAAAUCAAAUUUAAUAUGAGAGGACCUGACAUAUUUAUAAAGGAUAUAAGACUUUGUACAUUAUUUAAAGACAAAAAAAUUAGAGAGAAUGUUAAAAUGUUUGUAUGUAAUGUUUUACUAAAAUGCCCUAAAAACUUAGCAAAAGACAUUUUAAAAGAUGGACAUAAAGAAAUACAAGACUUAUUUGGUGAUGAAGAUAUUCAGCAAUUACUUGCCUUACCAGAAGAUUUACCAAUAGUUAAUAUUAAUAUGUCUAAACGUUUAGCUCGAAUAAAAAUUACCCCAACAAGUAAUGUUAAAAAGCAACAAAUGUUAUUGAAAAAUAAAAUAAGAUAUGAGUAUGAGACUAAUAACUUAAGAAACUUGCUACAGCAAUUACAAAAACUGGACAAAGAACUUAUGCAAAGUAUUUUAGAUAUUGAUUAUAAUUGGAAUGUUCCAUUGCCUUUACUUAAUCUUUUAAUGAACAUACCAAAUGCAGUACUUAAAUAUUUGGUAACUAUAUUGGUAGCCAAAUCAAAUGAAGUAAUACUAUUAAAUUAUUUUGAAAAAGCAAAAUUACUAUUACGUGAAGCUGAAACAGAAAUAAAAAUUGGAAGUAAUAUUAUGUACACCAAAAUUAGACAAUUAAUUUUAUGGGAGGCAUUGUAUAUUGAAAUGCUUCAAUUUCAAUAUGAAUUUAAAAACUUUGUAAUUGGAGAUCUUGUGGAACGCUGUAAACAAUGCCUUGAAUAUGCACAAGGUGAUAAUUUAUUACCACGUCAAGAAAUAGCAGAACAAUGUGUUAUAACCCUAUUAAAUGUUGGAGAGUGGGAGUAUUUAACUAAAAGGCAUUUUAAUUGCUUUAAAUUACCAAUGGCUAUUGCUUAUACUUGUCUUGAUGUUAAUAAAUUUAAGGGCACUAAAAAAAGUGCUAAAGAAAUUUGGGAUUUAGUCUUACCUGUAUUUGAUUAUGGUUAUGCCACUGCUAAUAAAAGACCUUUAGAUGGAGAACCUCAAAAUGCUCAAAAUCGUAAUCAAAAUCAGAAUGACAUUAUGCAUGUAUUUAUGAGUUUAAGAGAUCAAAAUGCUAUUCAAAUAGCACUUUCACUAUUAGCAAAAAUUCAAAAUGUUCUCAGGGAUGAGUCUUCGAUGGAACUUAUAAUGCCUUUUCUCAAUAUUUGGCCUGCCAUUCCUAAUGGUAUGAGUAUUCCAUUAAGAAAUAUUACCGAAGUAUUAGGAAUCCUAUUAAACGAAGCACUUAAACACCAUCCAAAUCAUAUUAUUUUAUUGAAACUUAAUGGCGAUCUGCAAUAUGUUAUGGGGCAUUACAGUUCUGCAAUGAAAUGGUAUCUUGAAGCUAUUGUUAUUGUUAGUGACUAUUUUGCGCGACCUGUUUUAAAACCAAUGAUUGAAGAUUACGUUUAUAAAAGAAUGAUGAAGUGUUGCAUGCAAAUGCAAAAUUUCACCCAGGCAUCAAUAUUAUGUUUAUUUCAAGAUGAAGUAGACUAUGCAACUGCAUUCAAAUGUGCCUCCGAGACCAAUUCAUGUGAUGCUUUAGAUGAAUAUUAUGAUUAUAUAUGGGAUAUUAGUUUGUUGGAAUUUCUUUUAUAUUGGCAUACUAAAUUAAACCACCAGGAACAUAGACAAAAACUGUUAAAAACAAUUGGUGCCUUGGAGUUAAAUGCAAAUAAUAACGAAGAAAUUAAAAGAGAAGCAGCCAAUAUAAGGAAAUUAAAAUUUUUAAGAGCACUGUCACAGCAAUAUGUACAUCCAUAA